AUGUGUGACGUUUGCUCAGAUUUUCUGCAUUUGCUGGAGUCGUAUGAAAUUCGAAUUACCAGUAAUGAUGCGAAACAUUCAAUUCUAUUGAAAAGUGAGAUUGAAACUGCUUUUGGAUAUAUACAGGCAUGGCCACAACGCCAGUGUAUGUGUCUCUAUCGCGACCCGAAAAACUUUGAACGCUUCAAUCUUGUGGUUCAGUCGAUGAUAUGCUUGGCAGUACACCACCUGAAGCAUAUUGAGCGUUUAAUUGAUGAUUACAAACGGCUAACAGCAUGCAGUUUGGGGCAGACGACUGGUGCAGCUCAGACAAAGUCGCAGUCGAAUGCACAAACGGCAGGUGCAGGCACCUCAGAAAAAAAUACUAACUCAACAUCUGAUAACAAGGCUGAUAAGGAAACAGGCUCUAUAGCAGACAAUGGGAAACGUAAUAGUGGGGUGGACGGCAAUAACACUGAAGAAAUAAAGGAAUCGAAGAAGCCCAAACGAGAUGGAAGCUCAUCUCCACCUUGCUUAUCGCCUUCACAACGUAACGUAACUUCCCCGGUAGUUCCGUCAUCACCACCGCCCCCCGCACCUUCAAUGCACCUACCCGAUUCGAAUACAAAUACAUCGUCAACGGGCUUAACCUCAAAUCCUGGGACAUCAAUUUCUUACAAAUCAAAUGUUAAUACAGCAUCAUCGUCUCUAUCACAAAUAACUGAAGAACCAUGGAUCUUACCAGAAGUAGAAAAACUCUUCAUAUUGGUUUCCAAAGUGUUUUUGCUUAAUUUUCCACUGUAUAUUGCCUAUAAGCACGGCACGCAUGCGCGUUUGGAUGACAUUUCCGCUGAAGAGGCGCAACAUUUGGCAAUAUUUUGCGAUCUGCAUGACAAUGAAAUUCCAGUAUACUUACUACGUAACAUAACAUUGUUUUGCAAUUCGGGCGGCUUUGCUGCAAUGAUGUUGUGUUUCGAACAGCCAGAUCUACCGGUCACCACCGCACAAGCCAUUACUGCCACGGUUUCAAAUAUAAAACUUUGGUUAAAUUACGGUUGCAUUGUGCAGUUGUUUGUGCCGUUGCGUAGUCGAGUUUUGCAGUACAUGUGCAAGUUAUCAGAUCAAAAUUUACGUUCAGCGGCAACUCGAGCCAUGGCUGACUUUGUGUGGUCAGCUGUACGAGAUCCGCUCGACGCCUCGGUCAGUUUCGAUGUCGAAGGGUUAGCACUAGCUUUUAAGUACUUUACAUCAACCACGCUUACAAUGCGCUUAGCAGGUAUGGCGCAAAUAAACGCACAUAUUAAUCUUUUCAAUGAAAUAUGCACCACUGAGACUGUUGGUGAGGUUGAGAUUGUAGGUCAAAAAAUCGCCAAUUGGCUUACCGAAAAUCAAAUUAUACAACAUCUUUUUGGACCCAACCUACAUGUGGAAGUAAUCAAACAAGCCCAUGUAGUUCUCAAUUUCCUUGCCGUGGAAAAUCAAAUCACUGAAGAGCAUAUUAAACUAAUAUGGCAAGCUACCCAGUUAAAGCACUGCUCGAAGACAAUUUUUGAUAUACUACCGGCAUUGGUGAAAAACUUGGCACCUCGCCCAGCUAUGCAUUUGUACUCGUUGCUUUGUCGCAUGGAUCCAAAGGAACACACUGAACAAAGCAUUUAUAUUGCGUCUGCACUUACAAAACUUAUAUGGUCACGCGAUAAUUCCCGUGCUCAAAUGAGCAUGAUGCAAGAUCAUCUUCUGGCAGCGCAUGUGACUGCCUCUAGCUCGGACAGUGGUAGCAUGGACGGUAGCAAUUCGGACGAUGAGCCCGGAAAUGGCGAUGAUAGUAGCCUAGCAAGCGGCACACGCAAGAGUCCUAUUGAUAUAGAAAACGUCGGAUCGGAUACGGGAGCUCCCCCACCUUGUAAACAGGCACGCCAUAGACGUCAUGCUUGUGAGGCCAAUUCGGAAGACAAAGGAAGCCGUACUAAUGUUGAGGACUUAAACUUGAUAAAUCAAAAGCUGGAUAUGAAAAUGCAAAAUCAUCGCAUCGUAAAUAUUAUCGACAAUUCAAGUAGUGAAGAUGAUUUGCAACAAGCCGCACUGGACAUACAAAUGCAUCGCAAAAAGUCACGAAAGCGUCGAAAAAACAGCAAUUUGCCACUCACACGUUUAGCACAUGAAAUUGUGGAAGCUAUUUGGGAUGGUGGCGAGGAUGAGGACGCUACUAGUGACGAUGCAGACGAUGCCGACGAAGCUGAUGGCGAAGUUUUAAACGAUAGCGACGAUUGCAGUGACACCGGUGGUCAAGUUGUGCCUAGCGCAGUGCUGAAGCAUCUACGCGGAGAAGGACCUUACAUAAGAGCUAUUGACGAGACUCAUAUUAGCGAACUUCUAAAUGGGGCCGAAAUCGAUGGCUAUUCGUCUCCAAUGAGUAACAAAUCCGAAAAAAAUAUGGCAGACUUCGAUGACGAGGACGUAUCGCCAUGCGAAGAAGAACUAAGCCAGUUGCAUGCAUUACGUGUGUCUCAUAAUUGCGUGCCGCCAGCUUUUGCUGCUGCCGCUAUGGCAGCCGCACAUUCAAGUAUUCAGCAGCAGCAACAAAAGUCGGUUGAGGCGACAACAGCAGGUGUUGUGUCGGAUGUCGUAGCAGCCGUUAGCGACCCAGCUGCAAAUGCGGCCGCAGUAGCCGUUGCUGCAGCAGCAUGUGUAGAUGCGGAUUUGCAGCAGCAAGUUGCGAAUGCUAAUGCCGCUGCGAUUGCUGCUGCAUUAGCGGCAGUAAUGGUGCGCCGCACUAGCGAUUCAGCUGACGUUGACAUGUUGGACAAUAAUUCAAAAGUAAUAUCACCACAAGCGCAGUUUGCGGGACGUGUAUUGCAAAGUGUCGUACAGCAACCGCUGCAAGGUGUUGGUCAGACAAUGCCAAUAUCACCACAAGAGACCACGCCACAACUUCAACAACCAACUUUCAAAAUUAACGAUGUAUGCCAACCUGGUAAUACUUUACUUUGGGACUUGUUGCAGGAUGACAAAAUUUUUCAAUUAGGAGAAUCCUUGGCGCUUGAGGCUGAAAAAGCACUGGCCACCUUACUUUGUUUUAGUAUGGAUCGUCAGCUGCGUACAAAGUUCAUUGAAGGUUGUCUACAAAAUCUGGCAAGCAACCGUAGCGUAGUUGUGAGUCUGCGAUUGUUGCCUAAACUUUUCGCGUCGUUUCAACACUUUCGCCCAGCAGACACACAUCACGUGACAAUGUGGGCUGAAAGGCAGCAUCGCAUGAUGUAUCAUUUUUUUAAUAAUAUCAAAUUUUAUGCUAAACGCUACACAGAACUCCAAGGCAAGUUGGCUAGUGGUGGUGCUGAAACACCGCCUGAAGCGCUGAUGUACUCACAUAAGACACAAGUAUCGGUGCGUUUACAUUUCUUGUCUUCCAUCUUUUCCACGCUGGGAUCGCCAAAAACUUUUCGUUUGACAUUGGAACAAGUGGAUUCGCUGUGGGAGUGGCUAGCGCACGAUAGCGAGUGUUCCGACUGUUAUUUCUCAUGGCUGCAGAGUCAAGCCAAAGGUGGCGAUCAGCAUGCUUUGGGUAUUGAUGCUUUGCAGCAUUUGUACUUGAAAAAGCUGCCGGAAUUGCGACCCGAAGAAUUUUCCAUGGUGGCACUUGGCCUCUUUCAGCAAUUGUGCAGUCUAGCUCGCAUGGCUAUUGCACACUACGAAAAACAAACCGACUCGAUAUCAUCGACAUCAUCCAACAUAGUUGGUAUGUAUCAUCUGUGGAAGAUCGCACUGCGCGCGCACAACACUGAGGUGUCCCUAGCUGCCAUUCAGUACAUUAAUAUGUAUUACAUGGGCCAGCAGCUGCGGUUGGAAAAAGAAUUUGUAUCACAAUGUAUGGAUAACUUGGUGCAAGCUACCAACGCAUUGGAAAGUAAUGAGGAUGAGAACGCGCUAAUGUGCGUGCAACGCGGCCUGAUGCUGCUGAACACACACUUAGAGACAUUUCGACGGCGCUAUGCUUUUCAUUUACGGCGUUGGGCAAUCGAAGGUAAAGGUAUGUGCUCGCACAGCAAUCUGAAGAAUGAAGCCGCUGGGCCGGCUAUACGAAUUGUGUUGCAACCAGCUGGCCUCUCGGAAAAGUCCGUCCUGCAUAUGCAUGCGUGCGAUUUGAUUGCUGAACUUAAAGCUGAAAUAUCUAAGUGGUGGGAAAACCUACAGGGUGGUUCUAGUAGGGGUGGCGUCUCAGCACCGGUUUUAGGUCUCUUGCUGAGUGACGGCCCUUUGCGUAUAAUAACACAGGGCCAAGAAUUGACAUCUGACUAUGACGAGCGUAGUUUGGGCGAUGCUGGGUUCAAGGAUAAUCAGAUUGUUUAUGUGUCCUUGGGCGGUCGUGGGGCUAGACGCAAGGAGACGAAUCUCGAUCAUCCAUCUAUGCAGCCGCCACCGCCGAAGGAAUGCCUACCAACAGUAUUAUUGUUGCAGCCGCGUUACUUUGAAAAGCUUUUCUGUCUAAUGCAGACGCUGGGCGAUAUGAAGCCACAAAACUCAAAUUUGCAAUUACACACUAAAGCACAACUUCUCUCUAGACGUGUAUGGGAUAUACUGGCCAUUUUGCCUACAAACCCUCUUAUCCUGGAUGCGUUCAAAGGUCUGAGCAAUGAUUUGAACGCUUUCGAUCGACUCACCAGUGAAGAAGAGCAGGCCAACAAACGCAAGGAGAUAAAACAAAAACUAAACGAGUUGCUCGAUGUUAGCAAUUUGCAAAAAUUUAUGUACUCUUUGCACAUAGUUGAGAGUCUUACCGUGAACAGCGUAUUGCAGCAAAAAGGCGGUGGUGGCAAUGGUCCGACGUGCUGUGGGUUCGGAGGUGGUGGCGUUAACGGCAAUGUAAUACCUAUGGAUCAAUACGUGCGUAGUACUAAAGGUGGCAGUAGUGCUUCAAAGCGGAGUUCGAGUAGGCGUCGAAACAGCAACGAAAGCUUGCAUGCAAAAGAUGAUAGCAAACGCAACAAUAGCGGCAACAGCAGUGGUGGUAGUAGUAGCUGUAGUGGUAGCGGCAGUGGCAGUGGCUGCGGCAGUGGUAGCGCAAGUGUUAGCAGCGCUGGAACUGCUUUGGAAUCGCUGUCCCAGAAGGAAAAUAAUGAUGGAGCUGUGCAGAAAGAAUCUGGAAGCGCUAGCGCUGAAAGUGAGUUCAGCAAUGAAAUGGCUGGCGAGGAUGUGCCCAACCAUGACAAGGAAAAUAAUCAACCUUUAGCUGGUCGUCCACACAAACGUCUAAAACGCAGCGAUAGCAAUGCCAACUUGAACGAUGAAAAAGAUAGCAGACUCGCGGCAAGCGCCGUGGAUUCCGGGAGCAGUGCGGCGGGUGGCGCAGUUGGCAAUGGUGCCGGUGGUGGCGCUAGCGUUACAUCCAGUGGCAAUGCACGCACAGUACACGAUAUGAAAUGGAGUGAGGUGUUCGUUCGUUGUGGUGGCUUGCGUUUACUCUAUGAAAUUUUCAUUUCCGGACAACUGCAGCAGAGCGCACAUCCUCGUGAAAUGCUCAAUGAGUGGCGCCACGAUUGUCUGGCCAGCUUGUUGCGCGUGCUGUGGCUGUUGGGCUUCGAGGAAGUGCAAGCCGACGAUAUGCAUGUUGUGGUCUCACGGCCACACGCUUUUAUGCUAGAAUUAAUGAACGUAGAUCCUUGUCUGCGCCGUUUGGCAGCUAUACUCAACGACGAAGCCUACCACUACUACGCUGCGCUGAUUCCGACCACACAAUAUCAAUACCAGUACCCAUAUCAAUAUCAUCAUUUGCGUACUGGUUUCUGGGGGCGUGCUCAGGUGGUUCAAUUUACUAUGAAUAUCAUGGUGAGCUUCGUUCAUGCGUCAGCAGAAGCGCGACGGCUACUUUGGACACAACCCGAAUAUUGUAGUUGGGUACAAAAAUUCAUUUUGGAAGAUCCUGAGCCGGCAGUACGCCGUGAGAUAUGCGCCGGGCUGUAUCGUAUCUGUUUGGGCAAUGCACAAAGUUACCAGGUGCUGUUGGCGCCAUUGUUGAGGAAGCUUAUUUCCUUUUUGCCGCUUGCCGAAAAUAUGACGUCUUAUGUGCAGCACACACAGUAUUUGUUAUCAGAUGAAGGAAAGGAACCUUACGGACCGGCAUGCCGCGACUAUUUUUGGCUUCUUGCACGUCUUGUUGACACAAUGACGCCAGAUAUGGUCAAAUGCUCUCUUGAGAGCGAUAACGAAGGCGAAGCUAUUGAUAUUGAACGAUUGUGUCAAUCCGUUUCACAAAGCAUAUUGAGCCGCGAUUUUUUUGAAACCAGGCAUGGCUAUCAGGAUGAUGGCCUCGUUGGACUCAUUAACUUGAUGUCAAAUUUCGUCAAAUACGACCCCACCUUCAAAUUCAGUGGUUCAGCAUUACAGUUCAUUGAUAAGAUUUUCGAGUUUCUCUUUGAUAUGCCAUCACCUAUGAAUCGACAUAAGCCGAAGUGUAAAUCAGCGACUUCAAGAGCAGCUGCAUACGAUUUAUUAGUGGAGCUAUGUAAAAAUUGUCCCAAAAAUUAUGUAUUUUUGCAUGCGAAACUGCUGGCACAGCAUACUCCCGGUACCAAAGCACCAUAUCCAUGGGACUAUUGGCCACGAGAUGAAGGUCGUUCCGAAUGUGGCUUUGUGGGCUUAACGAAUUUAGGCGCGACCUGCUACAUGGCCUCCUGCAUACAACAUCUCUAUAUGAUGCCGCAAGCUCGUGCUGCAAUUUUAAAUGUACCACCAACUGGCGCACAAAAGCAUGGACCCACUUUGUUGGAACUGCAACGUAUGUUUGCCUACUUGCUGGAAUCUGAACGUAAAGCAUACAAUCCGCGCUCCUUCUGCCGUGUCUACCAGAUGGACCAUCAGCCAUUAAAUACUGGUGAACAAAAAGAUAUGGCAGAAUUCUUUAUCGAUCUCGUUUCCAAGUUGGAGGAGAUGACACCCGAAUUGAAAGAUCUUGUAAAGCGAUUGUUUUGUGGCACACUUAGUAACAAUGUAGUGUCGCUUGACUGUGGUCACGUUUCACGUACAGCUGAGGAGUUCUAUACGGUGCGUUGCCAAGUCGCCGAUAUGCGUAAUCUGCAGGAAUCGCUUGAUGAGGUUACCGUUAAAGAUACGCUUGAGGGUGACAACAUGUAUACGUGCUCACAGUGCGGCAAGAAGGUGCGUGCAGAGAAGCGUGCCUGCUUCAAGAAGCUGCCACAAAUUUUAUGCUUCAAUACAAUGCGAUACACUUUCAAUAUGGUAACUAUGCUAAAGGAGAAAGUUAAUACGCAUUUCUCGUUCCCCAUGGUCUUGAGCAUGGCUGAUUACGUGGAGAAGACGCUAAUGCCUCACCAAUAUAAGGAGGAGCGUGAAAAACGAAAACAAGAACAAGAAAAGCAAAACACGGACAAUGACGGCGCAAACAAAGCUAUAGAUGAAGACAUUGACGAAUGUUUAGAAUAUGAACUAGUAGGCGUAACUGUACACACGGGCACAGCUGAUGGCGGACAUUACUAUAGUUUUAUUAAAGAAAGAAACAAAUCAGUUUUGCAACAUGACCGCUGGUUCCUGUUCAACGAUGCUGAAGUGAAACCGUUUGACCCAUCCCAAAUCGCAGCUGAGUGCUUUGGUGGUGAAAUGACUAGCAAAACUUAUGACUCUGUCACGGAAAAAUAUAUGGACUUUAGUUUUGAGAAAACCAACUCUGCUUAUAUGCUAUUCUAUGAACGUCGUCUGCCAGAGCAUUUAAAACAGCGCCAUUCGGAGUUGCUGGCAUCGCCUUCUUCCAGCGCUCGCCUGACAGACAGUGGAAAAAUAAGCGCAGUUAAUGACGAGGUAGAGACUGUGAAAUCUAGCGUUGGCAAAAAGGAAAUUGUAGACUCAUGUGUAAAGGACAAGAGUGAUAUGGAAAAAGCAUGUAGUAAGUCUAAAAGUGAAAAAGAAGCAAAAGUCACAGACACUAUUGGCAAAAAAUCGGAAGCCAGUGUCUGCGAUGCAGACAGUAAUGAGCCACAAGCGUCUACUUCAGCUGCAGCGGCUGCUAGUAACAAAAUGGCAACUGAAGUUAGCAUCAAAAGUGCUCGUUUGCAAAUACCACAUUUAAAUAAGGAAUUGGAGGAUUGGAUUUGGCAAGAUAACAGACAGUUUUUACAAGACCGCAAUAUUUUCGAGCACACAUAUUUCAAUUUCAUGUGGCAAAUAUGUGGCCACAUUCCGCAAACUCUACUGGCGCAAACUGAUGUUACUUGUAUGGCAGCUAAGUUGUCAGUUUCAUUCUUCAUUGAAACGUUCAUACAUGCCAAGGAGAAGCCUACAAUGGUGCCUUGGAUCGAGUUGUUAACAAAGCAAUUUAACGCCAGUCAAGAGGCAUGCGAAUGGUUCUUGACACACAUGUCCAUUGAACCGUGGUGGCCUGUUCAAGUGCUAAUACAGUGUCCCAAUCAAAUGGUGCGACAAAUGUUCCAGAGGCUUGUCAUACAUGUCAUACAAAGGCUGAGAUCUUCACAUGCUCAUUUAUAUUUGAAAACGGAAACCGAUGAUGACGGCAAAGAGGUGAUGGGCAAUGCUUCAUGCGUAACUCGUUUUAUUAGCUCACUUAUACUACUAAUGGAACACGGUGCUAAAGCGCAUUUACGACACUUGUCCGAAUUCUUUGGGUUGCUCUUCGAAUUCUCGCGAAUGGGCGAUGAAGAGACGGUAUUUUUGCUACGCAUUAAUGUCAUAAAGAGUGUUGCGGACUUUUACUUAGGCAAUAAGACACAGGAUUGUAUCGAUGUUGGUUCCGAUAACGAUGACAAUUCAUCGGAUGAGGCUUUAUCAGUAGACAAAACCCGACCUGCAUCAUUGGAUAAAAUGAUUGCGUUAGUGGCAAAUUUAGUAGAACGUUCGCGCGGACAGGAUUUCCGAUUGCGUCUUUCAACAAAAGAUUAUAAUGCGAUAGCUGGCGGCAAGGGCUUUCCAUUCCUGUACCAACAAAUCAAGGAUAACAUUAAUCCCCAUCAGACCAAACAUCUUAUACACGCGCUUUGUCGUUGGGAUGAUCGUUUAGCGAAUCAGAUAAUUACCAUGCUGUUCUCGUCCGUUACCAAGCACACAGAACUGUGUGGGCCAUUUUUUAAGCUGCUCACGUUACUUACUGAAACUCAAGGUGGUCCUUCGGGUUUGCCAUGUUUCUCUCAGCUGGUAUUGCAACGUGUUUGGGAUGCGGCAGAGUAUUGCCCACAGUCUGCACUUGAUUGGCUGGCUUUCCAAGCGCCCAAAAAUAAAAUCGCUCACGCAUGGAUACUACAGUCGGCUGAUAAUUGGGUGGAGCAAUAUCUGCUGGCGCAUAAUAAUUCGCGCGUACGCAAUGCUGCUGCGUAUUUGCUUGUUUCAUUGGUGCCAUCGCAACCAUUCAGAGCGAAUUUCCGUACACAUUCUCUGCAUAAGUUGUCGGCGCAUGUUUACCGCGAUUUGAAUAGCGACGCUCAAAUAAUUUUGCACAAUAUCAUCAACUUGUUAUUGCGGCUUCUGCGCUCGGCUCGUGCUUAUGCAGACAUUGGAAUACAUGGAACUACAAAGCUAACAACAUACUUUAGCCUACUUAGCUACUGCAUGGUUUCAAAGACUGAAAAAUUAAUGAUUGGGCCGUAUAUGCGAGCUUUAUGGGAUCUAUUUCAUCCACGAUUGUCAGAGCCCAGUGUUCCAGCACAUCACAACAAACAUGCGUUGCUCGCAUUUUGGCACCACUCCAUUGUCGAUUGUCCCGAAAAUGCACUUAUUGUGGCUAACUGUCACGAAAUAACGCGGAAUAUUGCAUUUAAUUACAUUCUUGCCGAUCACGACGAUUCCGAGAUAGUCGCCUACAAUCGCGCUAUGUUGCCCGCCUAUUAUGGCUUGUUGCGUUUGUGUUGCGAGCAGAGUCGGGCACUUACACGCCAACUCGCGGCGCAUCAGAAUUUACAGUGGGCUUUCAAGAAUAUAACACCACAUCCGACGCAAUAUGCAGCUGCAGUCGAUGAGUUGUUCAAGUUGAUGACUUUAUUUGCCACUAGACAUCCAGAUGCAAGCGAACAGGAACAACAUGAAGUGACUACAUUCCGACGCACAACACUUUCGGCGUACUUAACCGGAUUGGACGCGCGAGUUUCUUGGGGAACGCUUAUAAAUGCUUUGCGUAUUUUAGUUGACAACGAUGAAGAUCGACUGCUCGUCAUCUAUAAUGGCGGCAUUGAGAUGUGUUUUGAGGCACUGCAUACGUUACAUUCCAUGCAUCACGAAGCAACAGCUUGUCACGUGUCUGGCGACCUGCAGGAACUACUUAGCGAAUUGGUAUUACUACUUACCACGCUGCGUAUGAGUACGCGCUUGGACGCGCCAACGGCUGCAGCUAGUGUCAGUAAAAAACAAUUGCAGCAGCAGCAGCAACAACAACAGCGUCUUCCCGAUGCUGUUAAGCGACUGGCCACUUUCCUUAACACAUUCAAUCCACCGGAAAUCUGUCGCCUAUCACUCGAAGUACUCAAAGAGUUGGUGCGCAACCCAAGUUUAGAUGUGACUAGUAUUCUGGCACCCAUACUCAUUAAUUGCCAUCUAUCAGUGGCUAAUGCGCCGAGUAAUAUUGGACCCUUGGGACCUUAUUUUCCACGACGUGGCACAAAAGCGCCCUGGCCAACUAUGUCAAAGAAUACGCCGCGUCCACCGCGCCCGAUGGUGCAAAUGAGUAUACCACAUGGGGAAAUUUUGCAGAAAGGUGUUGAUAUUGAAUAUGACGCACAAGUGGAGGCUUUCUAUCGACCUUACCAUGACUUCUUAGACGUAAUGAUGCGUAUGGCGGUGAACACCAAUCAAUUGAAUGAGACAUUGGUUAAGUUGAGUUGCUUAGUGGCAAUCGAGGCAGCACCUUUACAUUUGAAUUUGUUUGCCAAAUUUUGGGUGGGCAUUCACAAUAACAAAAGCACAAAUAAAUAUGCUGAAUUGUUGAUCAACAACCAGUACCUGGUGGAAUACAUACAUGUAAUAUUGCGGGACGAAAGGGUCUCUCUCAGUGAUCAUUACAUAAGAAAUUUCUUAGAAAUCUAUUACCCCAAGAUAUCCGCCCAGUUGCCAAUUGCACGUCUUCUUUACACAAUCAGCUAUUCCAUGCAUUCAAAAGAGGAUCUCGACGAUCUUUGCGGCGAUUUGUUUGCCAUCCGUGUGAUAGCACAAUGCACAGGCAUACCGACUUCCGUCCGCAAACAGUUGAGGGGAUCACUCAAGGCUUUACUUUACAAGAGUUCUCGCUACCAAGAAGUAGCUGAAUUGGAGAUUACUCAAAACAAGAAAGUGGCUAAAGUAGCGGAUUCGCCCACAGCUGAAAAGGAAUCAGCAAAACAAGAAGACAACGAUGCAAAAGAUCCGCCCUUGGACGCCAAGGAAAAAAUCGAAUCCCCAAAAAUGCUUAAAGAUGUGAAAGAAUCUGCUGAAGAUAUGUCAAUGGAGUUGGAUACCGAGUCAGAUGGGAAAAAAGAUGCCAAUAAUGGUAAAAACGGAGCAGAGGCUAUGGAAACAGAUAAAUCUCCGUCUAGUGGCAAGAGUGAAGAAAAAAGUGAAGAUACAAACAAGAAUGUUAAAGUCGAUAAGGGCGAAAGUGAUCAAGAAAACACUGCCAAAACAAUAAAUGCAAAACCCGAUAAAGACGAUAGUGAAGAGAAAAAUGGCGCCGAACUCAAAGGAAUAGCACCGAAAACUACAACAACACCGACAAAAGUAUCGCGUAAGGAUAUCGAGGAUAACGUGACCGAUAGUAGCCACAGUGGUAAUGUCAAUGCUGCUUCGACCACAGUUGCCGCAUCUGCUGCUGCCGCUACACUUGUGGAACAGUGCAAAAGCAUACAAAAGAAACCUGCAGAGGUGCGCCUGUUUGAAGAGCAUGAAAAACGCAUCAAACUUUUGCUGACCAUGGAGACCUAUAUUAAAAGCAUACUAGUACUGAUGCAACGUGACGAAAGUUGUACUUCUCCAACAUCUGCAACUGUGAGUGGCGCUGCCGCAGAUAGCGAAACUGGUGCAGACGGGCCAGAAAUAUCAAGUAAAAAGAGCACGAACGCUUCAGUUGCUGCCACGUCAAUAAUGUCGCCACCCGAAAGCAUCGCUACCACAUCUGAUACACCGCCUGCCAAAAACGAAGACAAACUAUUGCAUUGCAGCGAAAAGAGUGACGUGAAAGGAGAUGCCAGUAAUAGUCACCAAUCUCCAGCUAACACACAUACCAGUACCACAUCAACCAAGGAUGAUAACAAUUCAGCAACAAAUCCAAAUACAAUCGCUGCAUCCCAACCAACUACAACGACGACACCAACACCCACGAUAUCGGCUGCCACUGCCGCGGCGCUACAUUCUCAACAAAUUUAGUUAUCGUUUAAUGAUUUGCUAAAUAUUUUGUUUUUCGGUAAGAUGCUGGAAUAAUGCCGCCACUAAGUUGAAAGUUGAGUGCAAUGAAAUGAAAGAGCAUCCGCUACGUGAAUUGGCGGUUGAAUUUCGUUAACACAUAUACAAAUACUCUAAUUUAAAUAUUAAAUAUUUUUUUCCAAUUCAAAGAAUGCAUUACGGAUGUAAAGCGAGUGAUGAAAGGCAGUUUGGCUUACCAUUUGUAUGUUGUAGCUUGUGAAAAUAUGUUUUUGUAAAAAUGUUGGGUGGAAUCGCUUUGGCUUAUUAGAAAACAAAACUUAGUCAACGCUAUAAAAUUCGUAAAUCAUAGUACAAGCUCGGGCUAAAUUUAAUCUGUACUUAAUAGGCUAAAAAAUUGUGACUCAAAUGAAAGCGUUUUCACAAGCUAAGACACACGCACAUAUAGUAGUAUUAUUAUUAUUUUUUUUUUUAUAAGUGAACGUCAUGUAGCGCAAGUGCUAAUUCCUGCCGAGUAAUACAAACUGUAUACUCGAAAGUUUCGAAUCCGCCCUCAAAAUCUGGAUUACGGGGCGGAAACUCGUUUUUCGUAGAUCUCCCAAUAUGCUUGGUUAUAAUUUCAACAAAUUAAAAUCGAUUUUAAAUUGUUAUAUAAAUAUGUUGAAAUUAUAACCAAAAAUAACUGUACGGCCCACGCAAAGCGGGUUUUCGCCCGCAAAGGUCGUUUGCUAAACUCUAAUUAAUCGGAAGUUGGUUCAAAAAAUGUUUUCUGAAUUUCUGAUUAGUGCUCAUUUGUCAAUUACGAUCUGAUUAAGUUUACUGGAAGAUGAAUUUCCGAUUAGGCGCCAGCCAGUACUGUUUUUAUGCUUUUCGCACAUUUGAUGUUGCGAAACAUGGGCACAAAUUUUGUUUCAAUCUGAUUUUGGGUAAUUUCAAAUGAAAUCAAUGACUAAAUAGAAUUAGAUAUUGUGGUUUCCCCACUAACCCGACGUCUACUAAUCGAAACUGGGUAAAAACUGACGUGCGUUUUUUAAUCAUACAUACAUUGAGCGAACGGCCCACAGUCCAGAGCCGCAAGGUAUAGUUGAGAUUUAAGGUAUGGAGCUCUUUUUUUAUUAUUCGAUAAGACUCACAACUUGUGUUACGUUUCACUGCUACACAGUGUUAUUACUCUUCGUCACUCGCGUUACAUUUACCAAUGAAUUUUCCCUGCAAAAAUUGUUGGACUUUUUGAAAGUCCAUACCUUACCAUUAAACUUAAUUCAUUCAUUUCUAUUAACACGUUUAGAAGACCUUUUCAAAUGUCUAUUAAAAAAAAAUCAAAAUAUGAUUAAUUUAGGUAGAACGAAAUAAUAUAUAAAGUUUAGUUUACGCACUCUUGCGCUCUUUGCUUCACUAUUUUACCGCACCUACUUAGCGAAUGCUGUUUUUAACAUUCUUUUGUCAUUAAAAGUAGUCCAACACAUUAUUUUCAUUGGUUUAUUUUGGUUUAUGUAACGAGUACUAACAACGUAUUACAAUAUACAUAUAAAUAUAUUAAACAAAUAAAAAAUAUAUGAUGCUAUUAGAAUUUCUGACCCAAGGUCAAAAAUGCGUGUGAGGAAAAAAAACUGAAGCUAACCCAAGGUUGGCCGUGUGAAAAUAAUAAAGAAAAAAUUAAAUUUUUUAUAGGAAACAGGUAAACUACCAGUAAUUGCAUAAACUCCGAUUUGAGGCCAGCGAGAGACGAAGUCAUUCCCUGACAAUGAUAUUGAAGCCAAGAGAAAAUCGAUAACUCGAAAAUUAAGUUUUAUUAUCAUAGUUCCUAUUUUUCAAAUUUUGACUUUAUCUAACCCAAAAACUACCAGAUACUGAUGUGUUUUGAAAAAAAUUUCCCAACUUAAAAUUCUUCUUUUCAUUGUAAUAAUUUUAUUGAAUUAACUUUAUCGCUGCUAGUCUCAAACUGGAGGUUUUGCAAAUAUGUACUACUUAAUCGAGUAGACUAAACGGCGACGAAAACAUAACAAAUCAAUAAUUGAAUGAAUAUUAUUUUGUAUGUUUUAAGUAAAUAUGUAGGUUAAACUUGACUGCGAAGAGGCGAGAGCGUUAGCCACACGACUAUCAUGCUUAAGCAAAAUAAAUUUGAAUAAAGAAAAACGGGAAACACUAAAAUGAAUGGUAUUUCACUAGACAGAGAAAUAUACAUACUUUCGCGUAUACAUAUGUACAUGUUUAGAUGGCAGAAAAACAAGCCUGAGCGCUUAACAAAUGUUUUUUUUUUGUUUGUUUAAUGUACCAAUGUUAAUAUGCUUACAUGCACACACAUACCUACAUGAAUGCUUACGAUGUAUCAAUGCACCUUUAGUUAUGUAUACUUAUGUACAUACGUAUGUAUGGUUGCACACACGGUGUUUUAGAUAGAAGCAGCAUGAAUUAAUAUUAAGGCUUUUAUACAUAAUAAGCAUACGAAAUCAUUGAAAUUUAUGUAUGUAUAAGUGAUCAAAUACUAAAUACUUUCGCUAAUUGGCGAGCACAUCAAAGAUUAAUACCACUCUGCAAACGUUUAAAUGAGGAUACCAUUCUUUUGUAUUCAAUAAAAGGUUUAAUUUAUUUUAAAGUUUUCUUCUACUGCGACCACUACUGGCAAAUACAUUGUGCGAUUUUUAAAAGUAUCCGCUUUCAAAUUAGAUCUGUUUUGACAUUUAUGUAAUCACAAUGCACGUCGUUUUGAAACAAAAAAGAAUUAAAAAAAAGUUAUAUCCUUAAUCUGGACUGUGUAGUUAUAUAUGUAUUUAUAUGUACAUGCCUUUCAAUUUGAAUAGGCACAGUGGUUUUCUUAAAGAACAACCGAGCUUAUGUGUUUCUUAUGUUAAGAAAGUAACAUUUUUCGAUAGAAAGAAGAAACCAACAUUAACUUGUAGGCAACGGAAAAGCUUCGUUUUUAGUUCCACAAUACUGCAAGGCAUCUUAGAUCGUCGCUAAUGUUUAACAUACCAAUUAAGCCUGUGUCGAUACCUGAAUACUUCGGCCUGAACAGACUGAAUAAAUUUUUAUCUGAAAUAUUAAAAAUAAAUCAGGUGACGAAAAUUCUGCUUCCCUUUUGCUUCUCUUUCACGUUUUUUAGAGAUUGUUAGGGGUUUCACAUUUUUUUUCAAACCGAUUUCCCACCAAAAUUGCAGAUUUGGAGUUAACUGUUCUGACAAAUUUCAAUUUAAUUUCGAAACCAGAACGGGUCUUGUUCUGGCCUGUUCCGCUUGGCGUUGUCACUUGAAAGCGAAAUAAAAACGACGAUUUGGCAUCACCGUUGCUAACAUCGGCAUUUAUCCAAUAAAUACCGGUAGAUAGUUCCGACAUAAAAACAUUACAUAUUUAUCUGUCGUCCUCAUUGUUUGGAACUAAAUUUAAAGGACUACCGAUAACUUCUCUUUGCUGUCUUAAUACAUUUCAACAAUGAAAGCGACGAUGAGAAGGACAACGACGUAGAAACGACAAUGACAAUGUCAAUAUACCAGAUUAUUAUCGAUUACCAAUUACUGAAAUACCGAGUAUUUUUUGCUUUUUAUUUCUUUACCCCUGAAAUAUUUUGCGCAGAAAUACUAAGUAUUUUUUUUUUUUGAAAGGCUGCGAUUUUUUCGUUUUUUGAGAUUUCCGCGAAUUUCAUAGGUCCUUUUUCGGAACAUAUCGGGAUUUUUUGGAUUUUUUCGGAGGGUUUUAAAUAUUACACAUUACACCGUGCGACACACUGUGGGCCAAAUAUAGUAAAACUGCGUUAUUAGUUUUUCUUUCUGAAGUCAGGAUUUUUCUUAAAAAGACUUUGUAGUCUUAAAGAUAUGAGUAGGUAAUU